AGGGGAGCUGUUCUCUUCCUUCCAAGCAUAAAAUCAAGGAUUCCUCUCUAAAGUGUUAAAGGAAAGGAACACAGUCCAGUCCUGAAGCGAGUUUUGUCCUAUGAUAGCUUGACCAACUUACAUACAAGUGCCUCUUGUGCGGUAAAAAUGUCUCUGCUUUGCUAUUCAUCUUGUGUAGCUCCCCCUUUCCCACAGACCAAACUGUCAACUCCAAGUUUUCUGAAACCCAAAACACGUACCUUAACUCUUUGUUCUGCCAUCGGCUACCCCAAUUCCAUCACUGGUAUCAAGAAGGACAUCAGUUACUUGUUCACAGGACCGCAUAAGCUUCCUAGUUUAGCAAAGAGUCAGAUACUAGUUAGUCCGGAGUCUUUUACAGCCAACAGCACAAUAGAUAUUGAUUGGGAAGAUCAGGAGGACGUCGAGGAUACUGGUUCACCAUGGGAAGGUUCUUCAGCUGGCUGGAUGUCCACAUUGUUCAAAGAUUCUCAAGGCCGGGGAUGGCAUUCGAAGGCUCUUAAAGAUGGAAAGUCCGAUAGUCAUAGAGCUGGAGGAUAACCGGCAGGACCACGAGUUAUCUUUGUCUGCCAAUAAACCGUCAUUUAUUCUUUUUGUGGAUAGAUCAAGUGGCUCCUUGGAAGAUAGAAGGAAGAGUAUGAAAGCACUUUGUACUUUCAGAGGGAGGCUUGAGAAUUUGGAAGUGAUGUCAAAGCAUGGCCCAGAGCUUUGGAGACAGAACAAUCAUCGGCUAGAAGUAUUCUUGACCAGAAUGCAAAAACUAGCUCACGGGCAGAACGAGGAGAUUGAAAAAGUUAAUCGUGAAAGGAAGUAUCAUCAGGUGAUAAUACUAUGGUCUUCUCUUUCUGUUUACAGCAAACCACAGCGUACGAGCUCAAUGCUCUAUCUCAAGAAUGGAGACAGCUCUGUGUCAAGAAGAUGGAGAUUCAGUCUGCGUAGACACAAAUCGAUUCAUUGAAAAGGGAAGCUUCUGAAAGGUGAAGAAAGUUUGGUUAUUAUUACCCCUUACUUUGCAUUUCUCGAGGGUUGGUAUUGUAAGCACAAGACUAAAAAUCUCUUAUGCCAAGUGUUGUUCCAUACAUGCUUACUUGGAGUACAAGACUGGGAAGACCAGAGAUGAAUGACUUUUGAUUUGUAAACUGGUUUAAUAUCGAUUUGUUUAGGGUUUUUCACUUCGUCAGUGUUCGUAUUUAUGGGUGUAUUUGCAAAGUUGAACUCAAUUAAAUAACAAAUGCAAGAGGAAUCUAUGUAAA